AUGAUCCCACCUCAUCCUGGUGUGGACCCACCUCAUCCUGUUGUGAACCCACCUCAUCCUGGUGUGAACCCACCUCAUCCUGGUGUGAACCCACCUCAUCCUGGUGUGAACCCACCUCAUCCUGGUGUGAACUCAGCUCAUCCGGAUUGUGAUCCAACCUCAUCCCUGUGUGAUCCAACCUCUUCUCAGUGUGAUCCAACCUCAUCCCAGUGUGAUCCAACCUCAUCCCAGUGUGAUCCAACCUCAUCCCAGUGUGAUCCAACCUCAUCCCAGUGUGAUCCCACCUCUUCUCAGUGUGAUCCAACCUCAUCCCAGUGUGAUCCAACCUCAUCCCAGUGUGAUCCCACCUCUUCUCAGUGUGAUCCAACCUCUUCUCAGUGUGAUCCAACCUCAUCCCAGUGUGAUCCAACCUCAUCCCAGUGUGAUCCCACCUCUUCUCAGUGUGAUCCAACCUCAUCCCAGUGUGAUCCAACCUCAUCCCAGUGUGAUCCCACCUCUUCUCAGUGUGAUCCAACCUCUUCUCAGUGUGAUCCAACCUCAUCCCAGUGUGAUCCAACCUCUUCUCAGUGUGAUCCAACCUCAUCCAAGUGUGAUCCCACCUCUUCUCAGUGUGAUCCAACCUCAUCCCAGUGUGAUCCAACCUCAUCCCAGUGUGAUCCCACCUCUUCUCAAUGUGAUCCAACCUCAUCCCUGUGUGAUCCCACAUCAUCCCAGUGUGAUCCCACCUCUUCUCAGUGUGAUCCAACCUCUUCUCAGUGUGAUCCAACCUCAUCCCAGUGUGAUCCAACCUCAUCCCAGUGUGAUCCCACCUCUUCUCAGUGUGAUCCAACCUCAUCCCAGUGUGAUCCAACCUCAUCCCAGUGUGAUCCCACCUCUUCUCAGUGUGAUCCAACCUCUUCUCAGUGUGAUCCAACCUCAUCCCAGUGUGAUCCAACUCGUUUACAACACACGUUUUUCACAGGAUUUAUUAAUAAUUUUGUGCAUCAGUUCUCUACAUAA